AAAUCAGGCACUGCAGUCGCCACCUUUGCGAGGACCUCUCGGGGUUUCCAUUCAGGCAGCGCCAUCGUCUCCAGGGGUCCUCUUGACGGCACGUGUUUUCAGAGCUGCAAUCAUGUCGGACCUGCCGAUGAAAAUACUUCGCAAGAAGAUCGAGAAAAGAAACGAAAAGACCAAAGAACGCAAAGUUCUCUCUCAAAAAAAAAAGAAUGAAGGCAUCGUUCCAGAAAAUGGGCUGUCAGUUAAAGGCGAGGAGACCCCUAAUUCCGUGUCUUCCGAGACAGCCAUUAAACCAAAGAUAAAACCAGAGAAACAGAAGUUACCCAAACAACAAGAAAACAAAACAGACCUCGUUACGAAAAAGAAGAAAAGGAAGCUGGCAAAUGACAGUGAAACGUCAGGUUGCAAAAAGGCAAAAACAAAAAGCCAGAACCAAGCAGUAGAGGAGGCAGAUGAGGAAGAGGAGGUAAAGGAGGAAGAUGCAACAGUUGAUCAACAAGACAGUGAUGAAGAUAUUGCAGGGAGUAACAAAGAAGGCGAUGAUGACGGGGAAGAAGAUGAAAUCGAUGUUGAUGCAGAGGACGAAAAUGCUGAACUACCAAUGGGCUUGUCAGGAGCAUUUGAGGACACCACGUUUGAGUCUCUAACCACGUUGGUGAGUGAGCACACGCUGAAGGCCGUCAAGGAAAUGGGAUUUGAACACAUGACUGAAAUCCAGCACAAAAGCAUCCGUCCUCUUCUGGAGGGAAGGGAUAUUCUUGCCGCUGCCAGGACAGGAAGUGGCAAAACCUUGGCCUUCCUCAUCCCCUGCAUCGAACUCAUCCACAAACUCAAGUUCAUGCCCAGAAACGGAGCUGGUGUGCUGGUCCUUUCGCCAACACGGGAGUUGGCCAUGCAGACGUACGGCGUGCUGAAGGAGCUCAUGGCGCACCACGUGCACACGUUUGGCCUGCUCAUGGGUGGCAGCAACCGCUCGGCCGAGGCCCAGCGGCUCGCCAACGGUGUCAACAUCCUGGUCGCCACGCCGGGCCGUCUGCUGGACCAUCUGCAGAAUACAACUGGCUUCAUGUACAAGAACCUGCAGUGUCUGGUGAUUGACGAGGCCGACCGCAUCCUGGAGGUGGGUUUCGAGGAGGAGCUCAAGCAGAUCAUCAGACUGCUUCCCAAGCGCAGACAGACCAUGCUGUUCUCCGCCACUCAGACCAGGAAGGUGGAGGACCUGGCCCGCAUCUCCCUGAAGAAGGAGCCCCUCUACGUGGGCGUGGACGACGACAAGGACAAGGCCACGGUGGACGGCCUCGAGCAGGGCUACGUGGUGUGCCCCUCGGAGAAGCGAUUCCUGCUGCUGUUCACCUUCCUCAAGAAGAACCGCAAAAAGAAGAUGAUGGUGUUCUUCUCCUCCUGCAUGUCCGUCAAGUUCCACUAUGAGCUGCUCAAUUACAUCGACCUGCCUGUCAUGGCCAUCCACGGUAAGCAGAAGCAGACCAAGCGAACCACCACCUUCUUCCAGUUUUGUAACGCGGACACGGGCAUCCUGCUGUGUACAGACGUGGCCGCCAGGGGUCUGGACAUCCCGGAGGUGGACUGGAUCGUCCAGUAUGACCCCCCAGAUGACCCCAAGGAGUACAUCCACCGUGUGGGCAGAACGGCCCGUGGAAUCGACGGUAAAGGCCACGCCCUCCUCAUCCUGCGGCCCGAGGAGCUGGGGUUCCUUCGCUUCCUCAAGCAGGCCCGGGUUCCGCUGAGCGAAUUUGAAUUUUCGUGGAGUAAAAUCUCUGACAUCCAGUCCCAGCUGGACAAGUUGAUAGAGAAGAACUACUACCUCCACAAGUCCGGCCAGGAGGCCUACAAGUCGUACGUGCGGGCGUACGACUCUCAUUCCCUCAAGCAGAUCUACAGCGUGGGCACCCUUAAUCUCCCAAUGGUGGCGCUAUCCUUCGGCUUCAAGGUCCCGCCCUUCGUCGACCUCAAUGUCAACAGCUGCCACGGUAUGAAGAUGCAGAAGCGCGGUGGCGGCGGGGGCUUCGGCUACAAGUCCAAGGGCGUCGACAAGUCCAGGAUCUUCAAACAUGUCAACAAGGGACGUGGAGACAAGAGGCAGUUCUCCCGAUAAGUCUGUGUACCAGGUUCAAUGAAUAGAGAGGCCAUGGCUUCUUCUUCCCCUCCUGCCUCUUCAUCUCCCCUUUUCCCUCCCCCCGGGUGUUGAUGAAACCCAAGUCGUGGACAGGAAGAGGUGUUUUUAGGUGGCAUUUUACUGCCACUUUAUUUGUUAUCAUGUGAUCCUCUAAUGUGACCCCUCAAGGUUUCUUUUUUAUUCCUGGAUGAAUUGUAAAUGUAUACAAACUUUGAGGUGGCAUUUUAUUUAGUAGUAAGAAAAACCUGUUCAUUCCUUUCUGCUAAUGAUUAUAUAACACGUUCUCUCAUCAAGUGUUAAUAUUUCCUCCUUUUCUGCAAUAAAUAUCUGUCCAUGCGAUUGGAGUACUUAUUUACUCCAAACACAAGGAGAUAAACAUUA